AAGCGUCACAGAACUCACAUGUCUAGUUUACAAAUACGUGUAAUGAAAUCGGUGUACUCUGAAUACAAAACGCCAACCAUAACUGAAUGCGAGUUAUUGGGACGUGAAAUAGGUUUACGAAAAAGAGUUGUACAAGUUUGGUUCCAGAACGCUAGAGCCAAAGAUAAGAAA